UGUGGGGUAGACUUUGAGAUUCGAGCCUUCUGUGCCAAAUCACUAGAAGAGAAAAGCCACAAAAGGAACUCCGUGCGUCUGGUGAUCCGAAAGGUGCAGUUUGCCCCAGAGAAACCCGGCCCCCAGCCUUCGGCUGAAACCACACGCCACUUCCUCAUGUCUGACCGGUCCCUCCACCUUGAGGCUUCCCUGGACAAGGAGCUGUACUACCAUGGGGAGCCCCUCAAUGUCAAUGUCCACGUCACCAACAACUCCACCAAGACUGUCAAGAAGAUCAAAGUCUCUGUGAGACAGUACGCCGACAUCUGCCUCUUCAGCACCGCCCAGUACAAGUGUCCUGUGGCUCAGAUGGAACAAGAUGACCAGGUGUCGCCCAGUUCCACGUUCUGUAAGGUGUACACCAUAACCCCCCUGCUCAGCAACAACCGGGAGAAGCGCGGUCUCGCCCUGGACGGGAAGCUCAAGCACGAGGACACCAACCUGGCGUCCAGCACCAUCGUUAAGGAGGGUGCCAACAAGGAGGUGCUGGGAAUCCUGGUGUCCUACAGGGUCAAGGUGAAGCUGGUGGUGUCUCGAGGCGGGGAUGUGUCCGUGGAGCUGCCUUUUGUUCUUAUGCACCCCAAACCCCAUGACCACAUCACCCUCCCCAGACCCCAGUCAGCAACCCCCCACCCCCCCACUCUCCUCCUCCCCUCAGCUGCUCCUGAAACAGAUGCCCCUGUGGCCACCAACCUCAUUGAAUUUGAUACCAACUACGCCACGGAUGACGACAUCGUGUUUGAGGACUUUGCCCGGCUUCGGCUGAAGGGGAUGAAGGACGAGGACUACGACGACCAGCUCUGCUAGGAAGGGGGGCUGGAAGAAGGGAGUGGGUGGUGCGGGGAGGCGCAGGGGCAGGACCAAGACCCCCACUGUCACUGGGGGGGAUCCCAGCCUCUCUUCCUUUCCCCUCCACCCAGCGGCUUCCUCAACCACCCCCUCCCCUCCCUCCCUCCCCCAUCCCCCACCAGAUACACACUGGACCCAUCUCUUGUGGAUCGAGGGCAUUAAUUUUUUGACUACGGCUGUGCUUCCCCAGCCCCCCAGUGGGUGGCAAGCUGGGUUUGUACCUAAAUUUUUUGGAGGGGGACACUGAAGAGGAUAGUAGGGAAAGGGGGGGAAAGAGCUCCCACAUUCAACCUCACACCAACACCCCCUCCUGUCACUAUCUCUGCCUCCCAUUCCCUCAGGAUGAGACCCUUUGGGGGGCAAGGCCAGUUCUUUGCUUCUGAGCAUAAAGAAGAAAAUAAAAACCUUUUAACAGGCA